CCUUACCGCUCUCCCUCUCCCGCAGACCAACACAUGACACGUACAUUUCUCAGACUCGGACUAACACUUCCCUGGAUGCCGCUCCCUACUACGAAGAGCACAACAAAUCCCCCAUUUUCCUUGCCCCGGCCCUCAAGCCAGGCGCUGAGGUCACGGACCUGAAUGCCAGUAUUGCCAGCUUCCCCGCAGAGCCAAACACUCCUGGAACUCCAUCCCAGCAUUUCUUCGGCCCUAAUUCUCUACCUGCACCAUUCUUUGCACUGUUCAUGUCCUCAAUAAAAUUCUCUCUGGGGUAGUUCCCCGAGUGUUUUACUGCAUCCCUCCGUCUGUGCUUCAUUCAUUCCGCUACACUGGUGGAGAAUGCGGAUGCUGACUGUCAGCAGAACUCACAAUUCUUUGUCUUCACACACAUAAGAAACUGAUGGCUGCAGUAUUGCAUUCAAGACCACAGGUUGCUGGAUUUUCUGCCAGUUUUCAGCAGGUUCAGCUUAUUAUCUACUGUCUCAUCAUACAGUCUCUAUUAAUCAAAUCUGUAGGGACUAUUAACUGCUCAGAACCCACUACAGAUGCCCUCUUAACAGCUCUGAGAGCGAGUUUCUUGGGGAAAACUGAAGUGAGGCCGGUUUUCAACCUGAGAACUCCCACUAACAUCAGUUUGAGUUUCACUCUGUACGGGAUUAUAGAUGUGGAUGAAAAAGCACAAGUACUGGACACUUUCAUCUGGGUGUAUUUGUUUUGGAAUAUUGAAGGACUGAGCUGGGAUCCUGAUAAAUGCGGGACAGACAGAAUUUCACUGCCGAGAAAAAAGCUGUGGAUACCUGAUAUUGUCAUUAAUGAAUUCAUGGAUGAAAAUAAGUCCCCGGACACUUACUACCUCUACGUUUAUCAUAACGGCCAGGUGAUGGAUGAUAUUCCAUUUCAUGUGAUCAGUUCCUGUAAUCUGGACAUCUACACUUUUCCAUUUGAUAUUCAGAACUGCACAUUCACUUUUAAUUCGUACCUGCACUCUGGUAAUGAUGUUCAAAUGCACUUUCAUGAACCUGUUGAGGAAACACUCAAAACUUCUUUAAAUGUGAUGAAAACUAAGGGAGAAUGGGAGCUAGUCGACAUCCUUGCUGAAAAACCUGAGAUUCUUUUUCAGGCUUCGAAUAACUCAUGGGAUACACUUAUUUACUAUAUCGUCCUCAGGCGUCGGGCCACUCUGUACAUUGUAAAUCUCCUGAUUCCCAGCUGCUUCCUCAUUACUGUAGAUCUGUUUAGCUUCCUUCUGCCGCCUCAGAACGUGGAUCGUUCUGCCUUCAAGAUGACCCUCAUUCUGGGAUACACAGUGUUCCUGCUGCUUAUGAAUGACUUGCUGCCCGUCACAGGAAACAACUUACCUCUCAUAAACGCGUUUUUCUCUCUGUGUCUGGCACUGAUGGUGGCAAGUCUACUGGAGACAAUUAUCAUCACUAAUAUUUUGUGUGGCUCCAGUUGCUAUCCGCCAUUACCUGAGUGGGUCAAGGUGCUUUUCCUCAACUAUCUCGCCAGACUUGUUCGUUUAAGGAAGAAACCAAGUGAAAACUGUGAAGACCGCAAAAAAGAGACCAAUCACUGUGAACAAGCAUGUGAAAUCCCACAGAGUGAAACAAACUUGAAGAAAUCUGCUUCUCUACAAGAACUAAGGAAGAUCAGUCAAGAGUUAUUGUACAUCCGUCAGCAGGUCGCUAAACAUUUUCAGACCGAUCAGAGUGAAGAUGAGUGGGUGCAUUUUGGUCAAGUCAUUGACCGCUUGCUUUUUGGCAUUUAUGUUCUCUUUCUCUCAGUAAGUUUCUUCACUAUAGUGGUCUUUUGGGUGUACUGGUACAAUUUAAGUGCAUCUUUGUUAUGAAUAAACCUAAAACUAUAUGGGAAUGAGAGCUGUUGAGUAUGUAUGAUUACUAAACCUGUGCAUACAAAUUGCAACUUGGCAAAUGGAAUCAAAUGCCAUGUGGUACUACUGUAAUGGUGAACAUUUUCAGAAAAUGAUUGGCCUAAGUUUUGUACUUUUAUAUUUGUUUUCUUCUAUUGUUAUUUUGUUUGAAUAUUAUUAAUCACAAAUGAAUAAUCAUUAUUUACAAGUUAUUUACAUUAUUGCUUAUGCAGUGGGGUCCAAAAAUUUGAGACCACAAUGAAAAUAUGGGUUUUUAACCUUUUUAAUUUGAACUGGAAAUAAGCACAUUUUUAAGAUUUUUUAAAAAUUGAAAUCAAAGGAACAUAAUGGCAUAAAACUAAUAUGAAAUAUUUAAGAUCCUGUGCUAUUUUUAAUAAUGAUAAUAGCCCAAUAACUGAAUGAAAAAUAUAUCACAGUAAAUUAGAAAAAUGCACAAUAGAAGUGGUACUGAAGCACACCAUAUUAUGUUAUAAUAUCAAUGACUAAGAUUGAACAUAAAAUGA